GCUACACCCAAUUCGUUCCAAAACCCUGGAGCCCAUCCUCGGUGAAACACAUUGAAAAAGAGGUUACGGCUUCCACUGUCUUCUGUAGGGGUUGGCGCCGGGGAGAACGAAGACUUCCGUGAGAUCCAGAUCAACCUUUCCUCUGAUUCGCAGCCAUGUCGGGACGAAAGAAGGUGAGGGAACCCAAAGAGGAAAAUGUUACCCUUGGACCAACUGUUCGAGAUGGCGAGCAUGUUUUCGGUGUUGCCCACAUUUUUGCAUCAUUCAAUGACACAUUUAUUCAUGUGACUGAUCUGUCUGGAAGAGAAACUCUUGUUCGGAUCACUGGAGGUAUGAAGGUGAAGGCAGACAGGGAUGAAUCUUCACCAUAUGCUGCCAUGCUUGCAGCACAAGAUGUUGCACAAAGAUGCAAGGAACUUGGAAUUACUGCAUUGCAUAUUAAACUCCGUGCGACUGGUGGGAACAAGACGAAGACACCUGGUCCGGGUGCCCAAUCUGCUCUUAGGGCACUGGCUCGGUCUGGAAUGAGAAUUGGUCGAAUUGAAGAUGUGACCCCAAUUCCUACCGACAGCACCCGAAGAAAGGGUGGGAGAAGAGGGAGGAGGCUGUAGGUUCUUUUUUUUAUCAAGCCAUCAACGAUGUUUGGUAAUUGCAGUUUCUCGAGUCUCUUUUCUUUUUUGGGGAAAAGCUAUGGAAAAUUUUAUGGUACUCCAGGCUGUUGUCAUUUGGUGAGAUUAUUUGGCAGUUUUUGAGAACAUUUUCGGAUGUAGUAAAAUUUACAUAGUAAUCAUGGCACCUUUAGUUGAAAUUCAUUUCUUAUUUUAUAAUGCAUGGAUAUUGCUUUUCGUUAA